AUGCCCACCGGCUAUCGUGAUAGCGCAGGGGUGUUGAAAGCUUUGGACGAUGAACUUUCGCGUUGGCAGUAUAAGGAACAACACAAACUUGGCAUCGUACCGGAACCCUUCCCCGAACCGAUCUGUGGACAGAUUUCGCAGAUGCUCGACGAAUGCUUCCACAACGCGACGCCCAGCAUUGCCGUGGAUCUGCUGUACAGUGUGCAGAUACCAGAAACCAUCGAGCAAAUCAACAGCCGGUGUUUACUGUUCAACCGGGGCAUGGAAUGCGUCCAGCGGUACCUAGACGUGUGCGUCGACGCCAAGGAGCGGCUCAUCAUUGACAACGAGGUGUACGGUGCGAAACGUUUGUACGAGUUCCUUUGCCGUGAUAGCAGCUUCCAGCAAGAAUUUCUCUGGCACAAAGGAUGCUUUCAGCUGGUGCAUCGAGAUUUAGACUCCUGCUCGAAACGGUUCGUGUCCAUCCUGAGGGAGGAAAUGACCAAAACCACUAAGCAAUCCUUCAACCAGCAAUACAUGCACUUUUGCUGUGCACGUUACGCGUACGAAAACUGUGUGUACAACAGUGCCCGCUACAAGUGCAAACCGAACUCGGCCAUAUUUCUACGCCGCAUUGCCAAGCUUAUGUCCACCGAGAAGCACUUCCUCAACUGUGAUAAGAUCGAAAACGAAGUUUGCUCUUCCGGCCGGACUAUGGUACGCAUCGAAUGGAGGUGGUGGUGGUGGUCGGUAGCCAUCUUAAUGCUUCCGUGGUCGACCAUAUUCAACACCACCAUCUAG